AUGAAUGCCUUGGGGAGUUCUGAGCCAGUGUUAGUGAUACAAAAAUCCUUGUUCGACACAGAAGUUAGUAAUCAGCAUAAUCGGCUAUCGAUACCGAUAAAUAAAAUUGAAGAGGGUUUUCAUGUAGAAGAGGAUGAGAAGAGAGCAUUGGACCUGCGCAAUGGAAAGAAGUGUGGUGAAAUAUCAGCAAGCUCGAUUGGACGGUCACUUGAAGAAAGAGAAAUAAAACUGAGGAAGUGGGACAUGAAGAAGGAGCAUAGUGGCACAAAUAAUGCAAUGUACGUUUUGACCCAAUCUUGGAACAUGUUUAGGGAGAGUAAUGGACUGGAAGCAGGAAUGGUUGUGCAGGUUAGGUCAUUUCAAGUUAAUUCAAGGCGGUGGUUUAUUCUUGUUAACAACCGAGAAGAAUGUUCGAGUGACGAAUGCAACCGAUCUUGUGAUGGUGCAAGCACUAGCAAAAGCAGUAAUAUUGCAUCUACUACUGGCUCCAAAACCCAAUAA